ACGUCAGGGCGCGGGCGGCGGCGCGAGUAAACACAGCAGCAAAACAGAAGAUGGCGAGUGCGGAGAUGCAGGGUGCUGAGGAAGCGUCUGCCGUGGCCUUCAGUAGCCUGUCUCAGGGCGGUAGGGAGGGAUUGUCAGAGCCGGGCUGGCCGGAGCCGGUUUCACUGUGGGGUCUGAUCUUUAGCUGUCUGGAGACAGCCUUAAGCUGGCGGCGGCCGGGCUACAGCGCAGUGGUAUUCCUGGGCUGCAACGCUCUGUUCUGGUUUCUUGCUUUAACACCAUGGAGGCUAUAUUCCCUUUUUUCAUUGGCCUUCCUUUUGCUGGUUGUUACGGAAAACAUAAAGACUCUGACUUUGUAUUUCAUGAAAGGGUGGAAGAAAAGCAAGAGCAUUGACGAAAGUUUCAAAAUAACAAAAAAGGAAAAGGGCCCGAAGCAAAAGUUUGGACACCCUGCAUGCUGGAAAAUGACUGAAACUAAACAGGAGAAUACACCAAGGCUUAGUCAGUGUAUUACAGAGUCAUGGAUGAGUUGUGCAGUGUUUUUUGAGGAAAUGUCCCAUUUCAAAAAGCAAAACCCUGGGAAGUUUUGCCUUCUUGUUUGUAGUCUCUGUACAUUUUGUGCCAUUAUUGGACGCUACAUACCUGGUGCCGUGGUAUCGUACGUCUUGUUGUUGUGUGUCCUAUUGUGGCCUUUAAUAACCUCAUAUGACCUGUGGCAUCGUAUCUGCAACAAGGUUGAACCAGUUCUGCAGCGACUGGAUUUUGGUCUGAAGGAUUAUGUAAAACAUUUGCAAAGAAGAAUAGAAAUGAAACAGAAAGAAUUGGCUGAAAGAAAAUCAGAAGAUGAGAGCGAAGCAGAUACAUCAGCUCUUUGUCCUAUGAUAAGUACCUCAGGAGCCGGCAAAGAACUGUCUAUUUCAGACACAGAACUAUCGGAAACAUCCUGGACAGAAAAUGGAACUUUUAAUUUGUCAGAAGGUCAUACCCCACAGACAGAUGCAUCAGAUGAUUUAGAUCGUCCGAGUGAUCAUGAAGAAGCAUUUGCCAGAGAUCUUCCAGAAUUUCCUUCAAUAGAUAAUAAAGGAACAAUAGAUGAUGAUGACGAUGACUCAAGUAUUGGCAUUCCAACUCCCCCUAUUCCCACUCUGGAAGCUGAGUCAUGUCAGGAAGACAUAGGAACUGCUGUGGCUGGGCUUGCCCUCAACUUGUCCGAUGAGCAAAGCCUUAACCUGAUCAGUACUAUAGCGAGUGAGGCCAUUGCUGUAGCUAUGUCAUCUGCUGUGAAAGGCCAGUUGCAGGCUACUGAAGCCAAGCCUACCACACCACCACAGCUAAACUCAAGCGAAGAAACUGAUACUGAGGAGGGUGAUGACUUUGAGUUGCUUGAUGAAUCUGAGUUAGAGCAAAUUGAGAGCGAAUUAGGACUGGAUCAGGGCCAAGCAGCGAGACAUGAAGUCAAUGAUGGCAAAUCAGGCUUUCUCUCAAAUAUACUGGGAGGUCAUUAAACCUUCUUUCAGAGCUGGAGAAUAAAUAUGCAGACCAUAUCUGAACAACAAACACAAGCUAUGAGCUUAUUCCCAAAAAGAGCCAGACUUCAAAAAUAUGAUCUUGUGUAUAUGGAACUAAGUGCAGCAAAAAGAUGAGAAAAAGUGAAAUAGUACUGCACAUUUAAUAAUCUAGUUAUUGAAGGAACUGAUUUGAUUUGUGUUUUUUGGUAUAAUGGGCCACCUAUUUUCUCUGUGUUGUCUGACUAUAAUCUUUAUGCCUUGAAUUAACAGCAUGGAAAUUAAUCCUGUCUUGUCAAUCUGAGUUAACGACUAGCUUUAAAUGUUUUAACUGACUCAUAUGGCAAAUCUAAAAGUCAGAUAUUCAACAAACACAAUCUUUUUCUUUGAAUUCUGUGCAGAAACAGACAAUCAAUAGUCGGCUUCUUUCUGGCCUUGUAGCAAGUUGGACUGCUAAGAACACAAAGUACCACUUUUUGCGAAUAUUUGCUGUAUUUUAAAUAUUUUAUAAAGUCCAGUCCUAUUUGAAGUUUUUAAUUCGUAUGUUAUGGUAGCUUUGCUAUUUUUGUUGCACUUAAGUGGAAUGUUCAAAGAGAGCUUCGUAGAGGCAUGUUUCAAAACUGAGAUUAAUAAUCCAUUUCCAUACUUGUUCUUUUUUCAGUUACAUAAAACCAAUCUGUACUGCACUUUCUGCAUUAUUGAACUGAGAUUCAAAGGUGAAAAUUAUCACAUUAAAGUUUGGUUUAAGUUCAA